AAAUAUUCAACAAUUGAACAAGAAAUCGAAAUAACGCCAGAAGAAGUCAUCCAGUAAAUUUAAGGAAGUUGGUAGCAGCUACUAUGCCCCAUACAGGACAAGCAGGUGUAAACCAGUUGGGCGGCGUUUUUGUCAAUGGACGUCCAUUGCCGGAUUGUGUACGGCGGCGUAUUGUGGAGCUGGCAUUAAUGGGCGUCAGACCGUGUGAUAUCUCGCGGCAAUUACUCGUAUCCCACGGAUGUGUAUCUAAAAUUCUAACGAGAUUUUACGAAACUGGUUCAAUUAGGCCAGGGUCAAUUGGUGGUAGCAAAACGAAGCAAGUUGCGACUCCAACAGUUGUCAAAAAAAUUCUUCGCUUCAAACAGGAGAACCCCGGUAUGUUUGCUUGGGAAAUUCGAGAUCAACUUCUAUCUCAGCGUAUUUGUGAUCCAAACACAAUCCCUUCAGUAAGUUCUGUGAAUCGUAUCCUCCGAAACGGAGGCUUAUGGACCGAUGAAAUGACUUCAAAUGAACAAAGUGCCAUGAUGCGAGAUGCACAGAUGUCGACAGCAUUCCUGAAGCAACAGCUUCCCCAAUUCUAUGGAGCAGCUGCCCCACCGAAUGGAACUGUAGAUUCAUCGCAUCUACCCAUCAGCCCACAUCAUCACCAUGGACCAUACCGAUAUUCCAACAAUGAGACCAUCAAGAAUCCAACCCCAGUUCAUCCCGCUAUCACUCCAGCAGAUAUUGGAAUGAAACCAGCGGUGAGUCUCCCAGCGAUAAAUGCGUCGACCAGUAGUAGCUCUGGAAGUCAAGUGGAGGCGCAGGACCUUAGUUACACCUUACCACCUCAUUCGCUAGCCACAUUUUCCAAACAUUGGCUGUGGAAUUCAUCACUGCUGUAUGGAUCACCACAUCGCAUUCACGACUCUGCGCAUACGUUCCUUCCCUAUUCAUCUGCUCAAUUUGCUGGGUACUUCCACUCUGGCGGAACGACGAAAUCAGAUAGUUCUAUUGAUCUAACCACGACUACUUCUACUCCUGUUUCUGACCCGCCUAGCGACUGUGAUUCAGGAAAAUCCUCUCCAUCUGCAUCGAGUGGUAAGAACAUUGCCGCUACUUCCGGAUCAACAGCCACUGCCAUAUCGUCAUUCAAUUCCCGCAAAAGGAACCCCUAUUCAAUAGAGGAGCUACUGAAAAAACCUGAAAAGCGAUCGCGACCAAAUUCUGCGCCCUCUGAGUGUUUUGAUGGAAAAUUAAAAAUUACAAAGGACGUCAUGCAGGACGAAAACGACGAUUCUGGUGAGAAUGUUGAAGUGGUGGAUUGAAUGGUGAGCAUAGGACGUUUGGAGGAUCGAAGGCUGCUUUCCAAAAGACAACUUAGUUUGUAGUCAGUAUUCUGAGGGAAAAUAAAUUGUUAAAUUAUUUUGUUGUUAAGAUUAUGUACAGAUUGUAGUAGUGUAACU